UAUGGUGAAGGCAGUUCCUAGGGAAGGGGAGGUAGGGACAAAGGUCGCUCUCCUGCAGCCAGCCAGCUUGCCACAACUCCCUGAGAUCUCCCAGGUGGCAGCUGCCUCCUUCGACAGGGUCACUCACCAUGACCAAACUGAGCGCCCAAGUCAAAGGCUCCCUAAACAUCACCACCCCUGGGCUACAGAUAUGGAGGAUCGAGGCCAUGCAGAUGGUGCCUGUGCCUUCCAGCACCUUUGGGAGCUUCUUUGAUGGUGACUGCUACGUAGUCCUGGCUAUCCACAAGACUGGCAGCACCCUGUCCUAUGACAUCCACUACUGGAUCGGCCAGGCCUCAUCACAGGACGAGCAGGGGGCAGCUGCCAUCUACACCACGCAGAUGGACGACUUCCUAAAGGGCCGGGCUGUCCAGCACCGCGAGGUCCAGGGCAAUGAGAGCGACACCUUCCGAGGCUACUUCAAGCAGGGCAUAGUGAUCCAGAAAGGGGGCGUAGCUUCCGGCAUGAAGCAUGUGGAGACCAACUCCUAUGAGGUUCAGCGGCUGCUGCACGUGAAGGGCAAGAGGAACGUGGUGGCUGGAGAGGUGGAGAUGUCCUGGAAGAGUUUCAAUCGAGGGGAUGUUUUCCUUUUGGACCUCGGGAAGCUUAUCAUCCAGUGGAAUGGGCCGGAGAGUAACCGCAUGGAGAGACUCAGGGGCAUGACGCUAGCCAAGGAGAUUCGAGACCAGGAGAGGGGCGGGCGCACCUACGUGGGAGUGGUGGACGGGGAGAAUGAAUCUGCGUCCCCACAGCUGAUGGCAGUGAUGAACCACGUGCUGGGCAAGCGCACAGAACUGAAGGCAGCUGUGCCCGACACUGUGGUGGAGCCAGCACUUAAGGCUGCCCUCAAGUUGUACCAUGUGUCUGACUCAGAGGGGAAACUGGUGGUUAGGGAAAUCGCCACCCGGCCACUCACACAGGAUUUGCUCAGUCAUGAGGACUGUUACAUCCUGGACCAGGGGGGCCUGAAGAUCUAUGUGUGGAGGGGGAAGAACGCCAAUGACCAGGAGAAAAAGGGAGCCAUGAGCCAGGCACUGAACUUUAUCAAAGCCAAGCUGUACCCGCCAAGCACACAGGUAGAGGUGCAGAACGAUGGAGCAGAGUCAGCUGUAUUUCAGCAGCUCUUCCAGAAGUGGACAGUGCCCAGCCGGACCUCAGGCCUGGGCAAAACCCACACCAUUGGUUCCGUGGCCAAGGUGGAGCAGGUGAAGUUUGAUGCCAUGUCCAUGCAUGUCCAGCCCCAGGUGGCUGCCCAGCAGAAGAUGGUAGAUGAUGGAAGUGGGGAGGUCCAGGUGUGGCGCAUUGAAGACCUGGAGCUGGUGCCUGUGGAUUCCAAGUGGCUUGGCCACUUCUUCGGGGGUGACUGCUAUCUGCUGCUCUAUACCUACCUCAUCGGCGAGAAGAAGCACUACCUGCUCUACAUCUGGCAGGGCAGCCAGGCCAGCCAGGAUGAAAUCACUGCCUCAGCCUAUCAAGCUGUCAUCCUGGACCAGAAGUAUAAUGAUGAACCGGUCCAGAUCCGGGUCCCAAUGGGCAAGGAGCCGCCCCACCUCAUGUCCAUCUUCAAGGGACAGAUGGUGGUCUACCAGGGAGGCAGCUCCCGAGCUAACAACUUGGAGCCCGUGCCCUCCACAAGGCUGUUCCAGGUCCGGGGGACCAGUGCCAACAACACCAAGGCCUUUGAGGUCCUAGCCCGGGCCACUUCUCUCAACUCCAGUGAUGUCUUCAUCCUCAAGACCCCGUCCUGCUGCUACCUGUGGUGUGGGAAGGGCUGUAGCGGGGACGAGCGGGAGAUGGCCAAGAUGGUUGCUGACACCAUUUCCCGGACGGAGAAGCAAGUGGUGGUGGAAGGGCAGGAGCCAGCCAACUUCUGGAUGGCCCUGGGUGGGAAGGCCCCCUAUGCCAACAGCAAGAGGCUUCAGGAAGAAAACCUGGCCAUCACCCCCCGGCUGUUUGAAUGUUCCAACCAGAGUGGGCGCUUCCUGGCCACAGAGAUCCCGGAUUUCAGUCAGGAUGACUUGGAAGAGGAUGAUGUGUUCCUGCUAGAUGUCUGGGACCAGGUCUUCUUCUGGAUCGGGAAGCAUGCCAAUGAGGCGGAGAAGAAGGCUGCAGCCACGACCGUACAGGAAUACCUCAAGACUCACCCUAGUGGCCGUGACCCUGAGACCCCCAUCAUUGUGGUGAAGCAGGAACAUGAGCCCCCCACCUUCACGGGCUGGUUCCUAGCUUGGGACCCCUUCAAGUGGAGUAAUGCCAAAUCCUAUGAGGACCUGAAGGCAGAGCUUGACAACUCUCAGGACUGGAACCAGAUCACCGCUGAGGUCAUGAGCUCCAAAGUGGAUGUGUUCAAUGCCAACAGCAACCUCAAUUCUGGGCCUCUGCCCAUCUUCCCCCUGGAGCAGCUGGUGAACAAGCCUGUGGAAGAGCUCCCUGAGGGUGUGGACCCCAGCAGGAAGGAGGAGCAUCUGUCCAUUGAAGAUUUCACUAAGGCCUUUGGAAUGACUCCAGCUGCCUUUUCUGCCCUGCCUCGAUGGAAACAGCAAAACCUCAAGAAAGAAAAAGGACUAUUUUGAGAAGGAAGAGCAGCUAUGGUCAUAAAGCACCUUCCCCUACUUGGCUUGUGGCAUUUUGUUUUAUAACUGGUAGUAGACCUAUACCAAUUUAAGUGAAAUUUUACAAUUGUACCCAUGAACAGCAAUCUUUGGCAAUGCCAUUUUUAAUAACUUACUUAUUCCUUCAGAAAGA